AGUGACUAGUGACUAAUGAGUAAUGAGUAAUUAGUUCAUUCUUCAUCCUAUGCUUUACGGAUGCGGUUGUGUAUUGUGUAGUAUGAAAUUAAUUGUUGUUUUUCAUUGACGCAAUUAUUUUAUUACCUAUUUUUAUUUUUUUUUUAAAUAAAAAGACUUUAAUAUUUCAAUUCGAGAAAAAAUGUCGUCCGAUAAAUCACAAUGUGUGAAUGAUAGACUAUCAAAGGAUUUAAAGGAGCAGGAAGAUAUUAAUGUUGUAGCAAUCGAUUGUGAAAUGGUUGGCACACGAAGAGGUAGUAUUUUGGCUCGUGUUUCAAUUGUUAAUUCUAAGGGCGAAACCAUCUGCGACAAGUUUGUCAAGCCUACAGGAAAAGUGAUAGAUUAUCGUACACCUGUGAGUGGCAUUCGACCUAGAGACAUUGAAAACGGGGAGGCGUUUGCCAAAGUACGUCAAGAAGUUGUGAAAAUACUCAAAAACAAAAUAUUGGUAGGCCAUGGAGUAAAGCAUGACUUGGAGGUAUUGCAAAUUUCACAUCCCGAACAUAUGAUUAGAGACACCUCGUUGCACUGGAAAGUCAAGGAAUCUUCGAAACUUAGAACGCCUAGUCUGAAAUUUUUGGCAAAACGUUUACUUGGAGUAACUAUACAGGAAGGAGAACACAGUUCUGUUGAAGAUGCCAAGGCAGCACUACAGGUGUAUUUGAAAGAAAGAAAAAAUUGGGAAUCUAGUUAAGAAAAUUAGUUGUUUCAGAAAUAAGGGUAAACCACAUAGAAAGCAUAAAAGUAUUAAUUUUUUUGUUUACAUUAACACUAAAGUAUAAUUUUGAAUAUUGAUAAUUUAAGAUCAUUUCUUAUACAUUUUGUGAAUUAAGUCUGUAAUAUUGUAAAAUUAUUUUUCUUAAAAUAUAAUUUUAUUUCAGUUUAAA